AGCAAACUCGCAGACAAAGGGAACUUCACAAGCAAGUCCCGUAACACACGGCCCUAGGAGCUUCGUGUCUUCAGUCCCAGCUGCAACAUACUCGGAUGAAAGCGCCCUGUCGAUGUCUUGAAGUCCCAGCCCAAGACUCAUUCUUAAAGUAGGCCUACACACCAAUGGAGUACGAGAAAGAGGACGGUCUGCUGCAGAAUGUAGACAUCUGCAUUAAAGAGGAAGAAGAUGACGCAGCUGUUGCUGAUGGAUACCAGUGUACUCAAUCUGAUGAAACUGACUCUGCCCCAGAACAGAUCACCACCUCAUCUGCAGACAUUAAAGCUGAACCAGUACAGGAAGAGGAGAAAUCAGACGUGACUCCAGUCUUCAGCUCAGAUGUGGCUCCAGUCUUCAGCUCAGAUGUGGCUCCAGUCGUCAGCUCAGACCUGGCUCCAGUCGUCAGUUCUGCUAUGAGCCAGUUCCCUCCAGAUCCACUGUCCUUGGUGAAGUGCAGGAGGUUAUCAGUGUUAGUGGUCGAUUGCUGUGCAAGACAAGGUCAGCAAAAAACACAAGACCACAAGAACAACACAGAUGGAGAAAACCCCAAAACUGGAACAGGAGGAGAAUCCCAACCUGCUUUGUCAGCUGCCCUCCCAGAGACCACAUUGAAGAAGCAUAUCUGUUCUGGUGUUGACAAGAGCUUUAGUAACGUGAAAACUCUAAAAGCACACCAGAAAACCAAACAAGGGAAGACGCCUCAUUGCUCUGUCAUCGCAAAACCUUUCGCUACAAAGAGGUGUUUGAAGAAGCACCAGAGUAUUCACACUGCAGACCAGCCCAUUCAGUGCAGACAGUGUGUUAAAGGUUUUAGUACAGCAGCAGAACUUAAACAACACCAACUUACACACACCGGACAGAAACCCCAUCAAUGUGGAGAGUGUGGAAAAUGUUUUACCCAUUUGGUGCACCUCAAAGCACACCAGCGUAUUCACUCUGGAGAGAGGCCAUACAGCUGUGAACAGUGUGGUAAAUGUUUUACACAAGCGGGGAACCUCAAAAGACAUGAGCGUGUUCACUCUGGAGAGAGGCCAUACAGCUGUGGUCAGUGUGGUAAAUGUUUUACACUGGCAGGGAGUCUCAGAGAGCACCAGUUCAUUCACACCGGACAGAAACCCCAUCAAUGUGGACAGUGUGGUCAAAGGUUUAUACAGGCGGCGCACCUCCAGUCACACCAGCGUAUUCACUCAGGAGAGAGGCCAUACAGCUGUGAACAGUGUGGUAAAUGUUUCACCCGGGCGAGGGGUCUCAGAGUACACCAGGUCAUUCACACAGGAGAGAAGCCAUAUAGUUGUGGCCAGUGUGGUAAAUGUUUUGCACAGGCGAGGGGUCUCAGAGUACACCAGCUCAUUCACACAGGAGAGAGGCCAUACGGUUGUGCACAGUGUGGUAAAUGUUUUAGAGAUUUAGGGAGUCUCCAAAAACACCAGCUCACUCACACCGGACUGAAAGCCCAUCAAUGUGGACAGUGUGGGAAAAGGUUUACACAGUCAGGUAGUCUCAGACUACACCAGCGUAUUCACUCUGGAGAGAGUCCAUACAGUUGUGGACAGUGUGGUAAAUGUUUUACACAGGCGUGGCACCUCAAAGUACACCAGCGCAUUCACACAGGAGAGAGGCCAUACGGUUGUGGACAGUGUGGUAAAUGUUUUACAGAUUCAGGGCACCUCAAAGCACACCAGCGUAUUCACUCUGGAGAGAAGCCAUACAGCUGUGGCCAGUGUGGUAAAUGUUUUACAGAAUCAGGGAGUCUCAAAAAACACCAGCUCAUUCAUUCCGGACAGAAACCCCAUCAAUGUGGACAGUGCGGGAAAAGGUUUACACAGACAGGGAACCUCAAAGCACACCAGCGUAUUCACUCUGGAGAGAAAGCCCAUCAAUGCCGACAGUGAUGGAGGCGUUAUCGGCUCCCAGAAGCACUUAAAGCAGGGUAGCCGCGCGGUCUAAAAUGUCUUAGUCUUAAAAAAGACUAAAAAAGGUCUAAAAUA